UAGCAAGUACAAAAUUAGCAAAUACCAAAAUGUCCAGACCCUUAAAAAAGCCCCUUAAUUGGAAAUUUUCUCUCUAGAAAGAGUGACAAAUCAUAAACCAACUUUUACCUGCUAUUUAUACAUAGGCAGUAGCGAAGCUGCAUGCAAGGGAAACCGAAGAAGGGACAGUAUUUUUAAUCAAAGGGAGCACUUAAAUGGAGAGGAUCUCUCUUCUUCCUUCCAAGGCUUUGUUCUCGCGCUCCUUGGGAUACUUGUAUCCACAAGUUCGUGGAAACCUGAACUUCUGCACGACCGGGCUCUAUGUAGAAAAACAGAACAAGAUGCUGAGCUUCAGGCCUUUAGUUAAUGCAUCAGGAGCGCUUUCUCCUCGAGUUGCUGGAGCUUUUGAUAUUGAUGUAGCUAAAGAUUCUGCAGAAGAGACACGUGAUGAAGAUGAUAGGAUUGGGACACUAGUUAUGCAAAUUAAAGAGAUGUUCAGAUCAAUGAGUGAUGGUGACACAAGCCCUUCUGCUUAUGAUACUGCAUGGGUUGCUCGAAUACCAUCGAAGCAUGAUGCAACAAGGCCUCAUUUUCCUACAACUUUAAAUUGGGUCCUUGGGAAUCAACAUGAAGAUGGUUCAUGGGGAGAACCCAGCUUGUUCCAUCUCUAUGACAGGCUCGUUUGCACUCUUGCAUGUAUUCUUUCUCUUAAGACAUGGUCCAUAGGAGAACAACAUAUAGCCAAAGGGCUUGAAUUCCUGAGGGCUCAUGUUGAGCAGCUUGGAGAUGAAACCAGUAACUCGAGAACGUGUGCCUUUGAGAUAGUAUUUCCUUCAAUGCUCGAUGAAGCCAAUAGUAUCGGGCUUGAACUUCCUUAUGAUGCUCCUUACUUGAAAAAGAUUUUUGAAAUGAGAGAGAACAAAAAGAGCAGAGUUCCUGUGGAAAUGAUGCAUUCGGUUCACACAACAUUGUUAUACUCGGUAGAAGCUUUACAAGAAAUUGUUCAAUGGAAGAGAAUCCUAAAGCUUCAAUCUCCAGAUGGGAGUUCUUUAAGUUCCCCUGCUGCCACAGCUGUUGCUUACAUGAAAACUGGUGACAGUAAAUCCCUAGAGUACUUAACUAACAUAGUACAAAGAUUUCGAGAUCAUGCACCAUCACAGUAUCCAAUUGACCUUGUAGAGCGCAUAUGGGCAAUUGACACCAUUGAGAGAUUGGGAAUUCAUCACUAUUUUCGCGAGGAAAUUUCCGAUGCCCUUGACUAUGUGUAUAGAAAUAUCGGAAAAAAGGGUGUACCUUAUGGAACUGGAAAUCCAAUUCCUGAUAUUGAUGAUACCUGCAUGGCCCUUCGGUUGGCGAGAUCACAUGGCUAUGAAAUAUCCCCAGAUAUCCUUCAGCACUUUAAACAGGAUAAUGGGCACUUCAUAUGCCACCCAGGGGAGACGCACACUGGAGUUUCUGAUAUGUUUAAUUUGUACAGAUUUUCCCAGAUUUCAUAUCCAGGAGAAACGAUACUAGAGGAUGCAAAACCUUUACUUCAGCGUUACUUACAAUAUUGUAUAAAAAAUCAUGUGGAUGACAAGUGGGCAUUGAAAAAAGAUUUGCUUAAAGAGGUUGAGCGUGCGUUAAGAUACCCAUGGAAAAUGAGUCUUCAAGGACUUGAAGCUAGGGAGUACAUCGACCUUUAUGGGGAAAAUGAUCUUUGGAUAGGAAAGACAGUUUAUUGGAUGCAUAAUGUCAAUAACCCAAAAUAUUUGGAACUUGCUAAGUUAGAGUAUAACAGGCUACAAGCUAUCCACGAAAGAGAGAUUAAUUAUGUUCUAAAAUGGUGGAACAACUGUGGACUUGAUGAUCCUUUUGUCACUCGAAUAUGCCCACAAGAGAUUUACUUCUCAAUCGCAGCAACUCUAUAUGAGCCGGAACUUGAAGAUUGUCGGAUAACGUACACGAAAUCCAACUGCAUUGAGGACAUUGUUAGAGAUAUGUUUCAAAAUCAUGGAUCCAAUCAGGACCUAAAACUAUUUUGCAAAGCAAUUGAACAAUGGAAUCCUUCACUUAUUCACUCCCUCCCGCAAAGAAUUCAAGUAAUUUUCAUGGCAAUGUACAAUACAUUGAAUGAAUUGGCAACUGAAGCAAGUAACGCCCAAGGAAAGGAUGUAUUCCCCUACUUUCAUGACCUAAGAUCGAAGCAAGUACAAGAUUACAUGAAGAGUAGAUUGAGAAUAGAAACGAAACAAAUAUCGUCAUGGACAGAAUAUUUCGAGAAUGGUAAAAAAGAUUGUGGUGUAGCCAUCAGAACAGUGCCAACAAUGUUCUUCAUGGGUGAGAAUAUGGUGGAUAAUAUUCUACGAUGCUUGGACAGCCGUUCUAAAAUCCAAGAUCAGUUGUCCAUGUACUUGAGACUGUUGAUUGAUGUUAGGACACACGAGAAUAUGAUGCAUAAGAAACCUACCAUUGCAAUUUCUUCCUACAUGAAAGAAGCAAACUGCACAGAGGAAGAAGCAAUAUGCCGUCUAAAGAGAACGACAGAAGAGGCCUUCCAUGAGUUAGUGUACCAGUAUCUAAAGCCUAGCAAAGUACCUCGCUGCUGCCGGAGGCUGAUGUUUGAACAUGGAAGAAUAACUCACUUUUUCCUUGGUGAUAACAGCAGUACACCGCUCACUGAAAGAGAGAGGAUCAGCGAUGCGAUGGAUAGAUUUUUUUCUGCAGUUUAAUCCACAACACUAUCGUAAGGUUUGAGCAGCAAAUAUGUAAAUUUAUUUAUUUUGGACUUCGAAUGAUGUGUGUACUUUUAAUGGCUACUAUGGAUCAUCUGGUCCUGUAUUGAUAAUAAGAUUUCUAAAGG